AUGUAUCCAGGAGUCGGUAACUGUACUCUUACAAGAAGGCUCAGAAAACUCUCUUGCCUUGACCUUGCUAUACCUGUUGACGGAAGACCGAGAAAACUUGGUGCUAAAACUAUAUCCCUAGUGUCAAGAGGACUUCGAUCAGGUACUUUAGAUAGUCCCGGAGCAGCGCAAAAAAGUUUAAGAUUGAUGGGUCAAGAUAUGUCAAUUACUGGCAUCCGCAAGUCAUUGAGAAGAAAUGAUCUUAAAUCUCUAAGAAAAGCAAAGAUCAAUUUUGUUAGCAAGACAAACAAACGGCUUCGAUUGGCGUGGGAUAAAAAGCAUAGGCAUCUUACUAUUGCUGAUUGGCGUCGUUGGGUGUUUUCGGAUGGAACAAGAAUAAACCUUUGGGGCUCAGAUGCGGAGGAGCCUGGUUAUGGUACUACCAUUAUCGAAGGCUCAAUAAACUCGGACUUGUAUGUCGAUAUUUUCAAGACAUCAUUGGACGACACUCUUGAGCACUUUGGGAAGACACCAUUUGAUGUGCAAUUUCAACAAGACAGAGCAACGCCGCAUACCUCGGGCAUUACUAAGCGAUGGUUCACCGAAAAUGGGUUUAACCUAGACGAAAUUAUGGAUUGGCCGCCCCAAAGUCCCGAUCUUAAUCCCAUUGAACAUGUCUGGUAUCUCCCAAAGAUUCGUCUUAAUAAGUGUUCCACUAGACCUUCUACAAAAGAAGAACUAGAGCGGCGUAUUAACAUAGAAUGGUACAAAAUAACAGAAAAAGAGUGCCAAAAAUAUAUUGAUAGUAUGCCUGCCCGAAUCAAGGCUCUCAUCAAGAGCAAAGGUGGUUCAACUCACUAUUAA